AAGAUGUCUGCGUAACGUGAAGAAAUGUCAGCAUCAUAAACCGAUUGUAUUUCCGUGUUUCGUGUACAUUUUGAGGUCAAACUGUGGCAUACGACACAUGCCUUUGUUUUAUCUGGUAUUCAAGAUAGACCUGGAUUGACAAAUUGUGAGAAAUGGCGACUUAUAUUCAAGUUGUGGAGGAAUUGACGGACGAUGAGGCGAUCGAAUUACCGGUUGAGCCAGACGGUACGAUGUUGUUGAGCACACUGACUGCACAGUUCCCGUGUGCAUCGGGGCUGAAAUACCGUAACCCAGGCACGGGUAGCUUGAGGGGACUUCGUGUAGUGGAAGGCAGAAUACAACCUCCAGAUUGCGUAUGGGGGGAUCAUCUCUACAUCGCUGUUUUUCCUAAAGACAACAAACGCAAAGGAGAAGACAACCAAGAAACCAAGAAUUCAGCUAAAACAAGGCGGGUUGAACAGCUUCAAGGCAACACACACAAUAAGACAGUAGAUCUAAUAGUCUUAGGUUUAGCUUGGAAGACGACUCAAGCUGGAAUGAGAGAAUACUUUGAACAGUUUGGUGAACUCUUGAUUUGUGAGCUGAAAUUAGAUCGAGAUGGAAAUUCUAAAGGCUUUGGUUUUGUGAGAUAUAAAGAUAUGGAAUCUCAGAACAAAGUGGUAUCAAUGAGGCACACUAUCGAUGGGAGACACUGCGAUGUCAAGUUCCCUGAUUCUAAGAACUACAACAACAAAAUGUUCAUUGGACGGAUGACUGCCGAUAUGACCAAGGAGGACAUUUACGAUUACUUCUCCCAGUUUGGUGACGUCACAGACGUCUACAUUCCAAAGAACUUCAGAGGAUUCGGCUUCAUCACAUUCUUGAGACCGGAGGUUGCAUCCCGAGUAUUGAAUGAAGACCACAUUCUUAAGGGAACUAGCCUCUUUAUCAGCGAUGCAGAACCUAAGAAUUCCAGGAAGGCGCCGGUGAACAGUUCAGAGAAUAACCAGAUGGGAAUGUUUGGAAACCAGAAUUUUGGAGGAGGAUUUGGCAACCAAGGGCAGUAUCAUUCACGGGGCAGUGACUACAGCCAGGGGGCAAGGCGAGGUGGCCGUGGAGGGGGAAAUAUGGGAGGAGGAGGCGGAGGAGGAGGAGGAGGAGGGGGGAAUUACAGGGACUACAGAGACAGGGAUCAAGGGAACAUGAGUAGCCAAGGACCUACCAACACCAUGAGUAGUGGGGGUAUGGGUGGGGGUAUGGGCGGGGGUAUGGGUGGGGGUAUAGGGGGUGGAAUGGGCACCAACCCAGGGGGGCAAGGGCCUGGUCAGAUGGGGAACUUCCCCUGGAACCAGGCUAUGUUGGCUGCUUUGAGUCAGGCUGGAUGGGGGAUGAUGAGCAACAUGCUUGCACAGGGUAUGCAACAAGGCAUGCAGCAGGGAAACCAACAACAACAGCAGCAGCAACCGCAGCAGCAGCCGCAGGUUGGAAUGUCACAAAGCAGCGGCGGACCGACAAACCAAGUGCCGAAUCAACAACCAAUGCAGCAGAGUCAGUCGGGCGGAGGAGGAGGAGGGGGCUAUGGCUCCAGCCAGCAAUCUCUUGGAUGGGGGGGCUCCGGACAGAAUAACUCCAACGACACACAGAGUGCAGCUUACUUGAUGGGUGACGGCAAGCCAGGGACAUGGUAACAUGUAAGUAGAUCAACCUCCUUUAUAUCCAGUUUGAAGUUGGACUUUAACUAUCUCGUACCCGUCGACAAAUAAAAACUUUUUGGACAAAGGUGUUCGCAUUAAAACCUCCUUGAGCUUGUGGUGGAAUUUGAUUUCAUAUGUAAACAAUAAAACAGUUGAUAAGUUUAGUUGUUUACAAGAAGUCAAAUGUAGUAAUGAACAAAAAAUGACAACUGAGAGAGAAUGUUACAUUACUGAUUCAAUAGUAAAAUGUGAUAUUAUGAGUUGACAUUGCUUAUGUAUUAUUUUGUACCGAGUGUUGAGUUCUGUACAUAGUAUCUGUGUUUAUGUAUGAACCUACGAAAUAUGAAAUUAUUGCAUGAUAUUAUAAAAAGUAUACUUUUUGGGAGGUUUCAUCUUUGAGUGUGAUUGCCAAUGUUUCCUAAAGACAUAUGAAGAGAAUUGAAAAAAGCUGGAAGUGGGGGUGAUUUUCUGGUCGAUAUUUACAAGUGCCUGUAUUUUAACAGCAUUGAUCUGUGAUUGAGUAGGAAGUACAAGUAGAGAGCUGGAGUUGAAAGAAUUUGCUUGUUCUAGACCGGUGCAUAGUAUCUGGAGAAGUUCUUUUUAUCGAUGGACAUGAAGCAUGUUUUCCCUCUUCUUAAAGGCAGUGGACACUAUUGGUAAUUACUCAAAAUAAUUAUUAGCAUAAAAC